AUGUUGGCGACUAAGAUUAGUAGACCAAUCGCUUUAGAUGAUUACACGAGUUCCAUGUGUUCUGAAUCAUGGGGUCAUAGUAGUUUUGCUCUGGCCCUCAUUGAAUUGGAUGCUGAAAAUGAGGUUAAAACCGAAUUGAUAGUGGGAAUUCCUAACAUGAUUGGCGAUGGCUUUACAAAGCAAGUAAUCAAAAUUGAGUAUCAAUGGAAACCGCCUCGUUGUGCUACUUGUAAGGUGUUUAAUCAUGAAAGUGAUCAAUGUCCUAAAUUACCUAAACAGACUACUCAAGUCGAGUUUACUCAAGAUGAGGGGGGUUUUACCAUGAUAUCAAGGAAGAAGAAAAAGGGAAAGGUUGUUCAACAGGAGAGACAUAUCGAAAAAGUUAAUGAGGAUCCGUUUGCUGGUUUGAGUAGGAAUCAACAAGAUGAAAGUGAUGAUGAAAUUGAAUGUGUGAUUGAUAAACGUGAGAUUGAGGCACGUUUUAAGGUUUCGGCAGAUCCUGAGGGGGCAAGCACCCCCGUUUCAGAGAUGCCUCAUCUUGAUAGGAUAUUUGGUAAUGUUUUCCCGCAUUGGAAUUGGACUUCUAAUGCUCAUGUAUGUGGCAAGAAUUCUAGAAUAAUCAUUGGGUGGGAUCCUAAUAUAGCUGAUUUAAUGGUGUUGUCUUUAUCAGAUCAGGUUAUUCAUUCACAGAUUAUCUUUAAAGCUAAUCGAAAGGUGGUCUUAUGCUCGUUUGUUUAUGCACAUAAUAUCUAUAUUCAAAGACGUGAUUUAUGGAAUAACCUGGUUUUGCAUAAAGCUUUUGUCCAUGACAAGCCUUGGGUGUUACUUGGUGAUUUUAAUGCUGCUUUAUUUCUCAAUGAUAAAGUGGUUAGCUCGUCAAAUGUUGAUAUUUCUAUGAGAGAGUUUAAGGAUUGUGUCAAAGAACUUGAAAUUUCUGAUGUGAAUAAAUCGGGUUACAGUUUACUUGGAAUCAGAAACCAAAAGGGAAGCUUGGAACCUUGA